AGGUAUCGUUUAAAAUGAAACGCCGAGGUUUUUGCAUUUAUAUUAACUCGACUUACUUUUGUUGUGCAAUUGCGGCGACACUAGUGAAAUAAAAAGUUAAUAACAAUUACGCGGGCAACAUUGUUGCUGCGCGGGGCGGGCGGCAAUAAACGGAAAAUUCAAUGAAAUUUAAAUGUAAUUCCUAAAUUUAAACUAACGCAAAUAGACAGACGCAAGUGCAUAGAAACAGCAAAAAAAUGUUAAAAUUUUAACAAUUUCUCAUUUGUUUCUUUUCGUCGUUGUUGUUGGUGGCGCGUGUGCUAAAGCUGGUCAACACACACUCGUCACGUGUUUAACAACUGGCAGCUACAAUUUGUAGCUCUACCCGACACAGGCACCAAAAAGAUCUCUCGCUCUUUCUCUCUCUGACUCUCUCCCGGCUAUGUACUCAUUGCAGCAACUGAUCAAAGCGUCUGCCAGUGGCGUGGGUAGCAGCAGCGCCAGCAAUGGCAGCGCAACCAGCGGCGAUCUCUACAAGUUCCUUAGGCAAAUCAGUAACAGCCUGACGUCAUCGUCACCAUCAUCAUCAUCAUCGUCAUCUAGUCAAGCGGCAGCGGUGAGCGAGCCAAACUUCAGCGACGGCGUCGUCAGUCACAAUUUGACUUUGUGUGGGAACGGUUGCGGCAAAUUGGUCGAGUCGGAGUCGGCGCAGAGCGUGAAAUUUAUAAGGCGUUUUAUACACACUCAAGUCCAUCAUCUGGCAAAAUCGUCGCCGAGUCAGCAGCAGCAGCAACAGCAACAUACAUCCACAAAAUUCGCCAUGUCCUCACUAGCAGCGGAGCCCCUGCAGGCCAUCAAGUCUGAUGAAGUUGCCGAGGGAAAGGCCAAUGGCUCUGGCAAUGGCAAGACAGUGGCUUCCUGUCAUGAGGAAUCUACGGCGGAGGCUUCCUCCCCUGGCACUGGCACUGGCAAAAAGCCGUGCUUCAAUACGGGUCUAGCCGAGAUUGUACAAUUCAUGGAGCUCAUCGGUAAUUUAAAGCACACCAAACGCACGGGCUGGGUAUUACGCGAUGUAAGUGACUGCGAAUCUAUCUCUGGCCACAUGUAUCGCAUGAGCAUGCUCACUUUUCUUCUGGACGGCAGCGAGGGACUGAACCAGAUACGCUGCAUGGAACUGGCCCUGGUUCACGAUCUGGCCGAGAGUCUGGUGGGCGAUAUAACUCCAUUCUGUGGAGUAUCCAAAGAUGAGAAGCGAGCCAUGGAGUUCAAAGCCAUGGAGGACAUAUGCAAGUUGAUCGAGCCGCGUGGCAAGCGAAUAAUGGAGCUAUUCGAGGAAUAUGAGCAUGGACAGAGCCCUGAAUCAAAAUUUGUUAAAGAUUUGGAUCGUUUGGAUAUGGUUAUGCAGGCAUUUGAGUAUGAGAAACGAGACAAUUGCCUGCUGAAGCAUCAGGAAUUCUUCGAUUCAACGGAGGGGAAAUUCAAUCAUCCGUUUGUUAAGAAAUUGGUCAACGAAAUCUAUGAGCAGCGCGAUGUGUUGGCCAAGGCCAAGGGUGCAACUCCACCGCCCUCGAUUGAAGUGCCCAGCAUGGAGACGACGACAAAGUUGAUCAAUGGCACCAGCUCCAGUUGAGCAUAGAUUCUACAAACGCUAAGCUAAAAGAUCUAGGUUAAAACACGGACACAUCUUCACGUAGACGCAGACCCAUAAAAACACACACACACACAUACACACUCUUAAUUUAUAAGCCACAAGCAACUAACAGAUUGUUAAGCCUACCUCGACACACGCUCAUAGUUAGAUCUACUAACAUUUAUCAUUUUAAUUUAUUUGGAAAACCAAAACAAACACUUUUAACUUUUAAUACCUGUCUCCUUAGUUAAGCAAAAAGUAGCUAAAUUCAAAUUUCAACAAAUUUAUCAAUUGUACAUAAACGAAAAGCGACGUAAACAAAAACAAAAAAAAAACAACAAAGAAACAAAAGGUGUAACAAAUGUAGUUAAUUUUAAUUGUUGUAAAUCUUGUCCUAUAAUUAGAACAAUUUUAUUUUAGAUUGCGAAACAAAUAUUGUUGUAAUAGUCAAAA